CGUGGGCCAGCCGGCCGUCCCUCCUCCUCGCUGUCUCUCCUCUCUGUCCUCCUCCUCGCCGUUUUCUGUUCUCUCUGGGUGCCCGCAGAGAUGUCACUCACCGCGGUGCCCUUCUACCAGAGGCGACACAAACACUACGACCAGGCGUACCGCAAUGUCCAAACGAGGUACCUUCUGGAUGAGUACGCUGUCAAAAAGCGCACGACCACCCAGUCGUCCGCCCAGAAGUCGCCCUCCCAGAGGGCUUCCAGCCAGGCGUCGUUCGGAGGGACGACCACGUGCAGCAUCUGUGCGAAGAGGGUGAGCACCGAGCUGGAGGAGGAGGAGCAGGACAAGAAGAGAAGGUUCGAGUCCGUGGUGGCUGCUUAUGGAGAAGCCAAGCGGCAGCGCUUCCUCCGGGAGCUGGCGGACGCGGAGGAGAGCGUGCACCUGGCGCGCGUGCAGGCGCAGGACAAGCUGGACAGAUACGCCAUCCAGCAGAUGGUGGAGGACAAGCUGGCCGGGGAGAGGCACUCGUACGUGGAGCGGAUGCGCAGGGCCCCCGAGAUCCUGGUGCGCCUGCGGUCGCACACCGUGUGGGAGAGGAUGUCCGUGAAGCUGUGUUUCACCGUGCAAGGCUUUCCGACCCCCGUGGUGCAGUGGUAUAAAAAUGGCAGUUUGAUCUGCCAAGCAGGAGAGCCAGGGAAGUACAGAAUCGAGAGCAAGUACGGCGUGCACACUCUGGAGAUCAACAGGGCGAACUUUGACGACACAGCGACCUACACUGCCGUGGCCACCAACGGGUACGGGCAGGUGUCGACCAACGCUGCCGUGGUCGUGAGAAGGUUCCAUGGAGAUGAGGAGCCAUUCCACUCGGUGGGACUCCCUAUUGGAUUGCCCCCCUCGUCCGUGAUUCCCUACAUGCACUUUGACGUCCAGUUUCUGGAGAAGUUCGGAGUCACCUUUAGGAGAGAAGGCGAGACUGUCACUCUCAAGUGCACGCUGCUGGUGACACCAGAGCUGAAGAGGGUGCAGCCGCGUGCCGAGUGGUACCGAGACGAUGUGCUGGUGAAGGAGUCCAAGUGGACCAAGAUGUUCUUCGGGGAAGGCCAAGCCUCGCUGUCCUUCAGCCACCUGAACAAGGACGACGAGGGUCUGUACACCUUGAGGAUUGUGUCCCGAGGGGGCGUCAGCGAGCAUAGCGCCUUCCUGUUUGUCCGAGACGCAGACCCGCUGGUCACCGGGGCCCCGGGCGCACCCAUGGACUUGCAGUGCCAUGACGCCAACCGCGACUAUGUCAUCGUGACCUGGAAGCCACCCAACACGACCAUGGAGAGCCCUGUCAUUGGCUACUUCAUCGAUCGAUGUGAAGUGGGGACAGACAAUUGGGUCCAGUGCAAUGAUGCACCUGUGAAAAUCUGCAAGUACCCCGUGACAGGCCUGUUUGAAGGGAGGUCUUACAUCUUCCGCGUGAGGGCGGUCAACAGCGCGGGCAUCAGCAGGCCUUCCAGAGUCUCCGAGGCCGUGGCUGCCCUUGACCCCGUAGACCUCAGGAGGUUACAAGCGGUCCAUUUGGAGGGGGAUAAAGAAAUCGUCAUCUAUCAGGACGACCUGGAGGGUGACGUGCAGAUCCCAGGGCCACCCACCAAUGUGCACGCCUCAGAGAUCAGCAGGACGUACGUUGUCCUCAGCUGGGACCCACCUGCUCCCCGCGGCAAGGAGCCACUGAUGUAUUUCAUUGAGAAGUCCGUGGUUGGGAGCGGGAGCUGGCAGCGGGUCAACGCCCAGACGGCCGUGCGGUCCCCUCGCUAUGCCGUCUUUGACCUUGCUGAGGGGAAGCCGUACGUGUUCCGGGUCUUGUCAGCCAACAAGCACGGCAUGAGCGACCCGUCGGAGAUCACCGCCCCCAUUCAGGCACAGGACACGAUCGCCGUGCCUUCCGCCCCUGGCCGCGUGCUGGCAUCCCGGAACACCAAGACGUCGGUGGUGGUGCAGUGGGACAGGCCCAAGCACGAGGAGGACCUGCUCGGCUACUACGUGGACUGCUGCGUGGCGGGCACCAACGCCUGGGAGCCGUGCAACCACAAGCCCAUCCGCUACAACAGGUUUGUGGUGCACGGCCUGACCACCGGCGAGCAGUACGUGUUCCGUGUGAAGGCGGUGAACGCCGUGGGCACGAGCGAGAGCUCUCAGGAGUCGGACGCCAUCAAGGUCCAGGCCGCGCUCACUGUCCCCUCCCAUCCGUACGGGGUCACGCUUCUGAACUGCGACGGCCACUCCAUGACGCUGGGCUGGAAGGUGCCGAGGUUCAGCGGCGGGGCGGCCAUCCUGGGGUAUUACAUAGACAAGCGCGAGGCCCAUCAUAAGAACUGGCAUGAGGUCAACGCUUCGCCCGUGAAGGAGAGGAUCCUGACGGUGGACGGCUUGACAGAAGGCUCGCUCUAUGAGUUCAAAAUCGCGGCCAUCAACCUGGCGGGGAUUGGGCAGCCGUCGGACCCCAGCGAGCUCUUCAAGUGUGAGGCGUGGACCAUGCCCGAGCCUGGUCCUGCCUAUGAUCUGACGUUCUGUGAGGUCAGGGACACGUCCCUGGUCCUGCUCUGGAAGGCGCCCGUGUACUCCGGCAGCAGCCCCAUCUCUGGGUACUUCGUGGACUAUAAGGAAGAGGACUCUGGGGAGUGGAGCACCGUGAGCGAGGCAGCGACCCCCAACCGUUACCUGAAGGUCUGUGACCUGCACCAGGGCAGGACCUAUGUCUUCCGGGUCCGGGCCGUGAACGCCAGCGGGGUGGGAAGGCCGUCGGACACGUCGGAGCCGGUGCUGGUGGAGGCCAGGCCAGGCACGAAGGAGAUCAGUGCGGGUGUGGACGAGGAAGGGAACAUCUACCUGAGCUUCGACUGCCAGGAAAUGACCGACGCCUCCCAGUUCACCUGGUGCAAGGCCUACGAGGAGGUUGGCGAUGACAAGAAGUUUAGGAUCGAGACGGUGGGAGACCACUCGAAGCUGUACUUCAAGAAUCCGGAUAAAGAGGACUUGGGAACGUACUCCGUGUCCGUAAGCGACACGGACGGAGUGUCCUCCAGCUUCGUCUUGGAUGCAGAAGAGCUUGAACGUUUGAUGGCGCUGAGCAACGAAAUAAAAAAUCCCACAAUUCCUUUGAAAUCAGAAUUAGCUUAUGAGAUCUUUGAUAAGGGCCAGGUUCGCUUCUGGCUCCAGGCUGAGCACUUAUCACCAGACGCCAGCUACCGCUUCAUUAUUAAUGACAGAGAAGUCUCCGACAGCGAGAAACACAGAAUUAAAUGCGACAAAGCAACUGGCAUUAUUGAGAUGGUCAUGGACCGAUUUACUAUCGAGAAUGAAGGCACCUACACUGUGCAGAUUCAUGAUGGAAAAGCCAAAAAUCAGUCUUCUCUGGUCCUCAUCGGAGAUGCAUUCAAGGCUGUCCUGGAUGAGGCUGAAUUUCAAAGAAAGGAAUUCCUCAGGAAGCAAGGCCCUCAUUUCGCUGAAUAUUUGCACUGGGAUGUUACAGAGGAGUGUGAGGUUCGACUUGUUUGUAAGGUUGCAAACACGAAGAAAGAGACAGUUUUCAAAUGGCUGAAGGACGAUGUUCUGUAUGAAACGGAGACACCACCUGACCUGGAGAAGGGAGUCUGUCAGCUGCUCAUCCCGAAGUUGUCAAAGAAGGACCUCGGUGAAUAUAAGGCAACGUUGAAAGACGAGAGAGGUCAAGAUGUGUCUGUCCUGGAGAUCGCUGGCAAGGUGUACGAGGAUAUGAUUCUGGCGAUGAGCAGAGUCUGCGGAGCGUCUGCGUCUCCGCUAAAGGUGCUCUGCACCCCGGAAGGAAUCAGACUUCAGUGCUUCAUGAAAUACUUCACGGAAGAGAUGAAGGUGAACUGGUAUCACAAAGACGCGAAGAUCGCCUCGAGUGAGCACAUGCGGGCCGGGGGCACCGCAGACACGGCGUGGCUGCAGAUCUGCGAGCCCACUGAGAAGGAUAAAGGGAAAUACACCUUUGAGAUCUGCGACGGCAAAGACAACCCCCAGCGCUCCCUCGACCUGUCUGGCCAGGCAUUCGAUGAGGCCUUCGCGGAAUUCCAGCAGCUCAAGGCAGCCGCUUUUGCAGAGAAGAAUCGUGGCAAGGUGAUGGGCGGCCUGCCUGACGUGGUGACCAUAAUGGAGGGCAAGACCUUGAACCUGACCUGCACGGUGUUCGGGAACCCUGACCCGGAAGUGGUGUGGUUCAAGAAUGACAAGGACAUCGAGCUCAGCGAGCACUUCUCGGUCAAGGUGGAGCAGGCCAAGUACGUGAGCAUGACCAUCAAGGGCGUGACGUCCGAGGACUCGGGCAAGUACAGCAUCAGCGUCAAGAACAAGUACGGGGGCGAGAAGAUCGACGUCACCGUGAGCGUGUACAAGCACGGGGAGGAGAUCCCCGACGUGGCCCCGCCCCAGCAGGCCAAGCCCAAGCUCAUUCCCGCCUCCGCCUCCGUGACGGCCCCGUAGACACGCGCCUGCCCGCGGGGCGUGGCCAUGGGGUCCCGCGUGCCUGCCCCCGUGAGGGCCGCGGCCUGAGUGACGCCGCGUGCGCCUGCAGCCCAUCCUGUGCUGUGCUUUUAAGUUUGGCCUUUGAUUAUUGGUAUUUUACGCUCACCUGAGGGAAAAGCUAAGGUUUUGCACGAGGCUGAAACAGUGUAUGUCUGUGGGUUCCCAGAGAGCGCAUUGCAAGGUGGCCCCUCAGGUUUCUGUCGAUGCUGGUUUGGGGCUCAAAGCCCCAGGCAGACUGGUGGUUGUAGUGUGGGGUGUAGACAAGAUCCAGCCGCUGUGAAAUCCUGGUGGUAGAGCCUUAGUGCACGUGUUACCUGGUGUGCUCUGUUUCUUCUUGCCAGAAACUAAUAAACUUUAAAAGACAA